CACUCCACUUGUCUCCAAGGAUCCCCGGGAGGAAACGCUGGAGGAGAUCUCUGCUGCUGGUCCAGAUCCCCUUCGCCCCAGGAUGCUGCUGGUGUCUUUCCUCGUGCUGGCUUGUUUCUCCGUCUGCUUGGCAGAUGUCCAUCAUCUGGAGGCAAUCAAAAUAAUGAAUAACACACCUGUGGUGGACGGUCACAAUGAUCUGCCCUGGCAGUUGCUGACAAAAUUCAACAACCAGCUGUCCUUGAAGGAAGCCAAUUUGCAGGAUCUGCAAGACACUCAUACCAAUAUUCGGAAGCUGCGUCUCGGGCAUGUAGGAGCCCAGUUCUGGGCAGCCUAUGUGCCCUGCGACACCCAAGACAAAGACGCAGUAAAGCGAACUCUGGAGCAAAUCGAUGUCAUUCACCGGAUGUGCCACCGAUACCCAGAUACCUUCAUGUGUGUUACUAGCAGUGCAGGUAUCUAUGAGGCUUUUCACUCUGGCCACGUGGGCAGCCUAAUCGGCGUGGAGGGGGGGCAUUCCAUUGACAGCAGCUUGGCCGUCCUGCGCACCUUCUACCUGCUGGGCGUGCGCUACAUGACCCUCACCCACAGUUGCAACACUCCCUGGGCUGACAACUGGCUGGUAGAUACAGAGAAGGAAAGCCCUGUCCACAAUGGCUUGACGGAAUUUGGGAAGCGUGUGGUCCUGGAGAUGAAUCGGCUGGGCAUGAUGGUGGAUUUGUCCCAUGUCUCUGUGGAGACGAUGAAGGCUGCCCUAAAGGUCUCCAAGGCCCCCGUGAUAUUCAGCCACUCCUCCGCCUACGCCAUUUGCCAAAACAGGCGGAAUGUACCGGACGAUGUGCUCCGCCAAGUGAACGAGACACGCAGCCUUGUAAUGGUCAACUUCUACAACGACUACGUCUCCUGCAGCAGCCAUGCCACUCUGGCCCAGGUUGCAGACCACAUGGACUACAUAAAGCGCGUUGCUGGAGCAAAAUCCGUUGGCAUUGGAGGAGACUAUGAUGGGGUGCCCAGAGUCCCUCAAGGCUUAGAGGAUGUCUCCAAAUACCCAGACUUAAUUGCUGAACUGCUGAGGAGGGGAUGGACGGAAGAGGAGGUGGAGGAUGCCCUGGCCAACAAUCUUUUGCGAGUCCUGCGGGAAGUAGAGUGG